CUACACCAGGAAGACUUUAUACAUACUCUACACGUCGCUCGUUAGCAACGCGCGAUCAAGGCAGCUGCUGGAUGUGGCCGUUGUCAUAGUUUGCGGUUACGUGUCGUGCUGCAGUUGGCUAGCCGGUGGGCACACCUCGCAGGUCCCGGCGCGAUAGCAGGGGUGCGCCGAUUAGCUCCGCGAUUGCGUGCAAUAUUCAGCUGCCAGUGUUGCAAUUCACUCUCGGCAGCAGGUCCGUGAGCCUUAGAUACCUGGCGCCAUGUCACUGAGUGUGGUGAACACCAACCUGUCCUCCCUGAAGUCCUGUCAGACGGACGUUGCCACGGCGAUGGAUGUGGUGACCGAUGCCGCCAUGGAUCUCGCGGAAACCGAAGGGAGCGAGCGGGACAUCCAGGCGCUGGAGAAGCUGCUGUUGGACUGUGCCCGGCUGGAUGAAGACCUCACGCGCUUCUCCGAGGCCGUGGAGCAUGUCACGGCACAGGCUCGACGACAGCCCCCCGAGGCGAUGCGGGACCUGAAAGACGCAGUGAAGCGGCGAUUCGCCGAGCUGACAGACGCCCUCUCUGAUGCUGACCUCCAGAGACACGCCAAGGUGGCGGCCUUCAGGGAGAGCCUGAGGAGCUUCAGCUCGCAGACCAAUCCCUCAGCCAGCCAGAGCACGGAGGGAGAUCUGGAUGAUGACAUCGCGGUCAUGCAGAGCCAGAUUAACUUCUCCUGUCCCAUCACCCAGCUGGAAAUGGUCAAUCCAGUGAAGAACAUCAAAUGCCACCACCACUAUGAGCAGGAGGCGGCGGUGGCCGCCAUCCAGCGCAGGGAGAAGCAGAAGAAGAAGUUCCGCUGCCCCUAUGUUGGCUGUGACAACACAGACAUGAAGCAGUCGGACCUGGUGCCAGAUGCCACCCUGAGGAGAAUGAUCCAGAAGAAGCAAGGUGCAAGGACAUAAAAUGCCUUUGAGGUGUCCCGCUGUACAGUGGUGACUUUUUUGUAUGAAUUGUAAUCUUUUUUAUAAUAAAAAUGGAACUCAGCUCUGAA